UUGCGGGUCAAAUUCGAAUUAGUGUUUUGGGCCGGCUUUGUUUAGAAAAAAUAGAUCCAGGAACCUAUAUCCACUUUUUCGAUAUUAUCUUCUCUCGUCUUCUUCCCCAAAAGUUUCAUCGUAAAUCCAAAUUUUUCUGUCUUUUUCUUUAAUUUUAUUGGGAUUUUUUCUAAAUUAUUCUUGCUAUUGAUAUCAUCUAAUUCUCGUUCCCCUCUAUCUAUUGAUACUAAUUUUAUUUCGAUUGUCAAAAAAAAAAAAAUCUAGGGUUAGGGUACUUGAUCUCUUCUCUAGUUGUUUAAUAUCUUGAUCUAUCGUUUUCUUUCACUAUUUACAUCAAUUUUGAUAAAUAUUCCUUUCGAUUUUGAUGUCAAUUUCAUGUUUUUCGCCCCCGAUUGAGAUCUAGGGUUCAUAUUAAUCGAUCUAGCUUAGGGCUUUCCAGAUCUGUAAAUUGUUAGAGGGUUUUCUCUGAGUUUGUAUAGGUUUGAUCAAUUCUUAUCCAAUUCAUACUUGAUUUGGUUAAUUUUUGGGUAGUUGGAGUCUAGGGUUAGGGUUUCUUCUGAUUUGGGGAUUUUUUAUUUUUCCAGCUUAAGCUUUUAAAAGCCUGAAAUUCCUAUUGGUUAUCCCUAUUUUUAGUCUAUUGGUGGCGUUCUAGUAUGGUUCUAUCUUUUUGAAGUUGGCCUAAAACUUUAUCUGAGCUUACUUCUUUAGAGAGGUGAGUAAUAUACUACAUGUUAACUGGACAUUUGUUCCUGUCUGAACUGUUUUUUAAGCAUUAGUUCUUUGUUGUGGUGGAUGUGUGUUAAACUAGCAUGAUAGUAUAGUUAUUGUCUUAAUAGGAACGUUUACAGAUAGCCAUCCUACAUAAGGUUUGUAUAAGGUUUCUUGCAUGCAUUUGCUAUAACUUUGUGGAGGAAUCCGAAUCUUAUCAUUUACUUGUUUCACUGUCAAGUGCGAAUGUUGUUGUUUUACUGUUCCAUUGUCUGAAUUUUCCUUUCAUUCUCUUAUUCGUUCUUAGAGUUUAUUGCAUUUGAUUACCAAUUAUGCAAGUUGAAAAUGGGAUUCAAACGCCCUUUUGAAGAUGAGAAGUUUCAUGAGCUCCCACUCAAACAUUCCAGACAACUUGACUAUAACGAUAAGUCUACUCAGUUUGAAGAAGUUAGUCCUCACCAUGCUGGUUUCCAGAAAACUGUUGCCACGGUGAAUGAGGGAAAUCUUUGUAAGUCACAAGGCGGUGAGUCAUCUGAAGGUGAUAUGUUUGAUGAAGAGUCCAAUUAUGUUUACCCUGGUCAUGACAUGGAUGAUACUUUUACAUGGGAUACACAAGGUUGUGGUGGAAGAGAUGCAACUUACUCUCCCCAUUCUGGAAAGUAUUUUGAGCUAGAUAUACCUCCAAGAGUAUUUGCUCCUGUUGAGACUUUCUAUUAUUUACUCUUGGAUCAACGUGCCAAAAAGCAAGUGCCCAUUGGACCAGGUCAUCAAGCCGAGAUUCCUGAAUGGGAAGGCAGUCAGACUGGGAACAUAGAAACCUCAGGCAUGUCAGUUCAAAAUCACAUUAGUGGAUGUGCUGAUGGUGAGAAGCUGUUUGGUACAUCUGUUAUUCCCAUGCCUGGUUUGACUACAGUUGCACAUAUUGAUGACAUAGUAGGGAAGGGUAGAAAGUUUUGUGUAUGCCGGGACAGGGAUUCUGUCAGGUGUGUGUGCCAGCACAUUAAAGAAGCUAGAGAAGAAUUAGUUAAGACGUUUGGAAAUGAGACAUUCAAAGAACUGGGUUUAUGUGAGAUGGGGGAAAAAGGUGCACUGAAGUGGAGCGAUGAAGAUGCACAACUUUUUCAUGAGGUUGUUUAUUCCAAUCCUGUAACAUUGGGGCAGAAUUUUUGGAGGCACUUGGAAGCUGCAUUUUGUUCCCGAACUCAGAAAGAGAUUGUUAGCUUCUACUUUAACGUAUUUGUCCUCAGAAGGAGAGCCAUCCAGAACAGAGCUUUUAUAUUGGACAUUGAUAGUGAUGAUGAUGAAUGGCAUGGAUGUUAUGGAGGCUCUUCUGGUACUCGUUAUGUAGAAGAAGAUGAAGAAGACUCUGCAAUCGAGUCUCCUCUUCAUCAAGGGACUAAGAAAGUGUAUCCACUCCAUCAUGAAGAAGGUGAAGAAGAUGUUAGUCAUAGCAGCAAUGAUGAAGAUGAUGAUGAUACUAAAGAAGGUGGCACUGGACUGUAUGACGAGCACAAGAUGAGUUCAACAGUUGAAUACAUGGAUAGAUUUUCUGGGAACAAUGGAGAGAGAUUGAACGUGGAAGAUGACUCGUGCACUUCCUUUGAACUUGCACGUAAUGCAGUCAACUGUGCAGAGAAAGAUGAGACUGUUCCUGGAGAGCAGCAGAAGAAGUUGAAGGAUUGUAAUGAUCCAAUAGAUACCAAAGUCUGGGAUGCUUCGAGGUGUUUGAAUGUUCCAACAAAUGGCAAAGAUCUUCAACCAACCCGGAGAAUCAUGGAGGAGAUAUUUGGUAAUGGAUGCUGGGAAAACAAGGCAAGAAACAAGUGAAGAAGCAAACAUCAUUCUCAACAACUUGCAGAAUCAUGGGAGAGAUAUUUGGGGUUUAUGGGGUCCUCCUUCAAAAAUGUUCCUAUUAAAAAGUAGUGAGAGUUUUAGACUUAAAAGAAUUUUCCAGCCUUUGUUUUUCAUGUGGAUUCUUGUGAAUGGGCUGUUGUUUCACUUUUCUUGGGGCCCUCUUUCUUAAAAUCAUUUACUUAGAAUGUCAUAAUCUCUCUGAUUUGCUGUAAAAGAUUUUCUCUUCUUUGAUCUUUAAAUUUUUAUAUACAGGAAGUUUGAAGGCAAAGUCUGGCAUUUGCCUUGAGAAACAAUCAUUACCAAUAAAAUAAAAAUAAAACUUUUGAACGAGAAAAAAA